AUGUCGAGACUUUUUGUUGUUGUUCUCAUAUGUAUUGCGUUCGCUAUACUUCCAAAACAGAUUGAAGCACUUGGCCAAACAUAUGUAGAACGGCAGAAAGCAGGUGGUGAAUAUAAUGAAAGUUGGGCGAGCAACGAGAAGCACGUUGUUGUAACUGUCACUCAUUUAGAAGCUGAAUUCAUCCAGGAUUUCCUCAGUGAAUUCUACGCCCAUCCUGAACAUCAGAACUAUCUGGUGAUCUUGCUAUCGCCUUGUGAAAUGGAUGACCGUAUGCGAAUGCUGCUGAAGAUUCCAAUGUGGUCCAAUCGAGUUUUGUACAUCCGUGGCUCGGCUUUGAUCGAUGGAGACUUGGAAAGAGCGAGGAUGACCUCUGCAAAAGCGUGCUUUAUUCUAUCGGCGCGACAUAUUAAUCAGAAAACAAGAACGGCAAAUUUUAUUUCAAAUUUUAUUAAUAAUAAUUCAAUUACUAGUAACGAAAUUUAUGAUAUUCAAAUUGCGGACAGUAAAUUUUUCGGCGAGUAUAUUGGAAAAUCAUUUAUCUAUGCUUCGUUUCACGCUCACAAAAAGUAUGGAGUUGGUUUGAUUGGAAUAAAGUCUCAAGGACUACGGGAAAAAAUUCUUCUAAAUCCGGGCCAUUACUAUUAUCUGAAGCCAACGGACACUGCAUAUUAUAUAGCUCUUACAAAUGAAGAGUCGUUGUACGAUUUUCAUAAAGGGAUGAAUGCGCAACGUCGAAAAGCCAAUUUGGCGACAGCAAUCGCUAAUAUAGGCGCGGUGGCAAUAGAGCUACCACAGGCUGACAACGAACAUUCAAAAUUGAAGAAAAAAAGGCGAUUUCUGCAUUUGAAGCGAGGCGAAUCUGACGGAGCCACACAACUUCUGGUUUGCACAUCCUUCAGUCAUAUCAUUUUCAUUUUCAAGAAGCAUAUUUCUCCUCAUUCCCACUACAGUAACAGCUAG